AUGUCACACCCCGACCUUCGUUGGAAACUUCAUAGAAAGCUUCUUCAGAGAGAGCUUGCUGCGAAGUCAUUUCAUCCAAUCCUGAAAGCAGAGACCGAGAAAUUCCUGGGGAACCUUCUAGACUCCCCCAACGAUUUUUGGUCUCAUAUUGCUAUAUUGUCCUCAUCGAUCAUGAUAGACUCCAUGUAUGGGGGGAACUUUGCCAAGCAAAAUCGAUAUCUUGCGGCCUACAUCCAUGAAACAUUUCAGAUGUUCUUGCAUGAAGUUUUCUUUGCGUCACCCGCUUUGUAUGCCUUCCCAUGGCUUAAGCACUUUCCCGAGUGGCUUCCUGGAAUCGGGUUCAAGCGCACAGCACGAAGGAUCCGACAGCGAACCAACCACUUCGUCAAUGCGCCGUUCAAUAUAGUAAAGGAGCAAAUUGUAUCUGGAAGUGCUCCUCGUUGUUGGGUAGCCGAUAUACUGUCUGAGGGCGAGAUUGACGAAGAAGACGUCAAAGCAGUCGCAGCAACUGCAGUGAUAGGUAACGUGGCUUCCACUGAAGCCGCGAUCAAGACAUUUUUCCUCGCCAUGGCGUUGCACCCAUUAUCCCAAAGACUUGCCCAAAAAGAAAUUGAGGCAAAACUUGGGCCUUCAAGACUGCCAGACUUUGAAGACAGGUCAUCGUUACCUUAUGUGACUGCCAUAGUCCGAGAAGUGUUAAGAUGGCACCCACCGGCUCCUUUAGGUGCCGUACAUACAACAACGUGCCGCGAGGAAUAUGAAGGAUACACAAUUCCUCAAGAUUCCUCGAUUGUUGCCAACAUAUGGGCAAUGUCACGCGAUGAAGAGAUGUACGGAAGCCCUGAUAUUUUCGAACCAGGGAGAUGGAUUACUCCAGACGGUCAUUUGAAGGCAAAUUCCACCGGAUUUAUGUUUGGCUUUGGCCGAAGGGUGUGUCCAGGCAAAGGUUUAGCCGAGGACUUUCUAUGGCUCGUUAUAGCCAGAGUCCUGAGUGCAUAUUCUGUCGCCAAGGAUAGAAAUGCUCAUGGUGAAGUCGAUCUUACUGAGGAUUAUGAUUCCUCUUUGUUAUUCUCUCAACCUCGGCAGUUCCAAUGCUCCAUCACGCCAAGGUCUCCUCAAGCGCACCAAAUGAUUUCAUCGUACAAACAGGCCGCAGAACUUGACAUUUUAGAGUAA